AGCGUGUCGGGAGCCGGCGCCGAGGCCCGAGCCGCGGGAGCGCAGCGAAGACAUCGCCGAGGCCGCUGUGCCCCGCCAGGCCUCCGCAGCCGCCGCCAUGGGCAUCAAAUUUUUAGAAGUUAUCAAACCUUUCUGUGCCGUUCUACCCGAAAUUCAGAAACCUGAGAGGAAAAUCCAGUUUAGAGAAAAGGUACUAUGGACUGCUAUAACUCUGUUCAUUUUCUUAGUAUGUUGUCAGAUCCCACUCUUUGGAAUCAUGUCAUCAGAUUCCGCGGAUCCUUUCUACUGGAUGAGAGUUAUUCUUGCAUCUAACAGAGGAACUUUAAUGGAAUUGGGUAUUUCCCCAAUUGUAACAUCUGGUUUGAUCAUGCAGUUGUUAGCUGGAGCCAAAAUCAUUGAAGUUGGAGAUACACCCAAAGACAGAGCUCUAUUCAACGGAGCCCAGAAAUUAUUUGGUAUGAUCAUUACGAUUGGGCAAGCCAUUGUGUAUGUCAUGACGGGGAUGUACGGGGACCCUGCAGAAAUGGGUGCUGGCAUCUGUCUCCUAAUCAUUAUUCAGUUGUUUGUUGCUGGUUUGAUUGUGCUGCUGUUAGAUGAGCUGCUACAGAAGGGUUACGGCUUGGGGUCUGGUAUUUCCCUCUUUAUUGCCACCAACAUCUGUGAAACCAUUGUCUGGAAGGCCUUUAGUCCCACUACCAUUAACACUGGCAGAGGUACCGAGUUUGAGGGAGCAGUCAUAGCUCUGUUUCACCUGUUGGCCACCAGGACAGACAAAGUCCGAGCUUUAAGGGAGGCUUUUUAUCGUCAGAAUUUGCCCAAUCUCAUGAACCUCAUUGCUACAGUCUUCGUGUUUGCUGUUGUUAUAUAUUUUCAGGGAUUUCGUGUUGACUUGCCCAUUAAGUCAGCCCGGUACCGAGGACAGUACAGUAGCUAUCCCAUCAAGCUCUUCUACACCUCGAACAUUCCCAUCAUUCUUCAGUCGGCCUUAGUUUCAAACUUGUAUGUGAUUUCCCAGAUGCUGUCUGUGCGAUUUAGUGGCAACUUUUUAGUUAAUCUACUAGGACAGUGGGCUGACGUCAGUGGGGGAGGCCCUGCUCGUUCCUACCCUGUUGGAGGCCUUUGUUACUAUUUAUCUCCUCCUGAGUCCAUGGGUGCCAUAUUUGAGGAUCCUGUCCAUGUUGUCGUUUACAUCAUCUUCAUGUUGGGAUCCUGUGCAUUCUUUUCUAAGACGUGGAUAGAGGUAUCCGGCUCCUCAGCCAAAGAUGUAGCUAAACAGCUAAAAGAACAGCAAAUGGUAAUGAGGGGUCACAGAGAUACCUCUAUGGUCCAUGAACUUAAUAGGUACAUCCCCACGGCAGCUGCGUUCGGUGGUCUGUGCAUCGGUGCCCUGUCGGUGUUAGCGGACUUCCUCGGGGCCAUCGGAUCGGGCACUGGAAUUCUGCUUGCAGUCACUAUUAUUUAUCAGUAUUUUGAAAUAUUUGUUAAGGAACAGGCUGAAGUUGGUGGGAUGGGUGCUUUGUUUUUUUAAGUGUUCCAAAUAUUUCUUUUUGUGUGUGUGAAAGGGAAAAUAUUUUGACACAUUGUUUUUGUCAAAGAACGCCAGUCCCCCUUCUCUUCCUUCAUGGUUUCUUGUUUUCAAGUGCUACCUGUCCCAUUUCCAAAAUGGGCACCGAGCUAAGCCUGUGUGCAGCGUUAGUACCAGCUGCCUUAAAACUGAAGUUUACAUUCUCCAUUAAGAAGUGUCCAUCCAGUGUCGCCUGUGCUGCGGGAGAGCAGUGUGACUGCCUUGCUGUGUUCAGUCACCACAGGGAGGCGGUGGCGUGGAUUCGUUUUGCACACAAUGUUCACAACACUAUCCCCCCACGCACACUUGUUUAAAAAUGAAUCUAGUUCAGAUUGCCACUUUCCAAUACUUUUGAGCUUAUUUAAUGAGUUCUGGAACACUUGUAUCUAGUCUAUAUUUUAGAUAAUUACUUUUUAUACUUUUUUAACUCAUAGUAUCCAUGCUCCCGGCCCUCCCUCCCCAGGCCCUCCCUCUUAUUGGUCCCUUUCCAAAGCAGCCACGGGCAAAACUCAAGAUGAGUCACUUCUGUCACUAGAGCCAGCUGCUUCCAGUCACUCUUCCCGCCCCUCUUCCCCCUUUCCUCCCGUGACAGCAUACGUGGUGCUGUUGGACUGUAUUGGCUAUGCCUUCUAACUCCAGCCAGUCACUUGAGAAUGCCCUUUCGGACAGUAUGCCCAACUCGGUUUUUUCUUUCUUUUUUUAAAUCCCUGAGGCAAAGAUUUAAUUCUCAAGCAGUGUCUGUAGCUCAGUGGGGGUGAACAAUAAGUAAUUCAUGCUAGGAAUUUAUGUAUGUUGUUGUGUUUACAGCAGCAACAUGAGUGUAAACAGUAGACAAUAAACUUUUAUUUAAUAAAACUGUUUCGGCUGUGUUGGAAAAAUAAAGAA